AUGAAGAUUCCUGUCCUUCUCUUUGUUUUAUUUUUCUUUUUGGCCCCGUUGCCACCAGUGAAAUGUGCCAUGAAAGACACCUAUAGUUGCUUUUUCAAGAAAGGCAACUGUAGAAAAGAAUGCCACAAUUUUGAAAAACCAGUUAGUCUCUGCACAAAACUACAGGCCAAGUGCUGUAUGUAG